ACCGCAAUGCAUUGUAAAGGCAAAUCGUAAAGACAGGCACACAAUGCCGGAUUGGUAAUUUAGAGUUACGAUCAACAGUUGAAUAAGACAACUCGUUUAAGCUAAAUAGGUUUGUUGAGUGAGGACAUUUUAUCCGAGUACCUCGUGAGGGUUUAAUAAAGGAUAUACUAUGAAUUUUUGUAAUUACACAUUCGUUUGCAUGACAAAGUGUAUUAAAUUAAGCCGGCUUAAAGUGUUUGGUAUAUUUGUAUUAUUGCUGUUAAUAAUGGGAAGUUCGUGGACCGCUUUGUACAGUCUCAAACACAGAGAAUUGAAGACACUACUACCACCAGACAUGUGUUCGGUUACACGACAAUCAAGUCAGGAUAGAAAACCACGCAUGCGCAUUAUGUGUAUCAUUUUGACUUCCGGGAAAGCACUAGAGAAGAUGAAUGCAGUUAACAAAACUUGGAGCAAACGAUGCGACAAAAAACUAUUUAUGUAUUCUAGCGCAGUGAAGUCCCCUGUGUCACCAUACACCAUUCAUCUGCCUGUCUUGGAGAGUCGCGGUCACCUCACUGGAAAAGUGAGGAAAACAUUGGAGCACAUAUAUCAUCAAUGUCGCGACUCUUUUGAUUGGAUACUCAAGAGUGAUGACGACACAUACGUCAUAAUAGAGAACCUCCGUCAUCUGUUAUCGGACAAGGAUCCCCAAAAAGCCGCAUAUCUAGGAUACCGCUUAAAUGCGUUUGGAGACAAUUUUCUACAUCUACCAAAUGGAUAUAUGAGCGGUGGUGCAGGUUACGUCCUUAGUUCUCGUGCACUUCAUGACGUAGUACACAAAGGCUUCAAAACGGGCGCGUGUAAGGAAGUUGGCGGCGAGGAGGAUGCAGAAAUGGGAAAAUGUUUGGAUGCUUCCGGUGUCCCUAUGCUGUCGACACUGGCUGAGGAUGGAAAGGAAACAUUUCAUCCUCAAGAUCUGCACACGCAUUUGACACUUAACAACGAUACCGUGUUGCGGGAACCACCAAGGCAGGAGCGCAAUAAUGGACCUUGGGGAGAAUCGUGUUGCAGUCGCUACCCCGUGUCAUUUCACUGGGUGAAGCCAAACGAGAUGUAUAUGUUUGAAUAUCUCAUAUACAACAUCAGCGUACACCGCGUCAACACAGAAAGACCAAAUGCUGGAUAAAUACAAUAAGCCACGUCCUGGAGAAACUGGGCUUAAUGCAUGCGCGUUUAGUGUCGUCCACGCAGGCUAAUCAGAGACACUCUCCGCCGAAACUGGAUUUUCAGUUAAAAGAGACAAUCUUUAUAUAAACAAUUCCAUAAAUCGGUAACUUUCGUCUCUGAUUAGUAUGAAAGGCAAUGUCCACCAGUCCACACAUGUUGCAAAAUGACAAUUACAUAUUGCUUAUUGACAAUCGUAGUUUAAUUUAUGACAACUCCAUGUUGAUAUAUUACAAUUGGGAAUAUCCGCGAUUAUAUGCAUGUUGCCAAUGACAAUUACGUAUUGCUUAAUGAUAAUUGUAGUUUACUUUUUGACAACUCCAUGUUGAUAUAUUACAAUUGGGAAUAUCCGCGUUUAUAUGCAUGUUGCCAAAUGACAAUUACAUAUAGCUUAAUGGGAAUUGUAGUUUACUUUAAUACAACUCCAUGUUGAUAUCUUUCAAUUGAGAACAUCCGCGAUUAUAUGAAUAUUUCCAUUGACAAUAACAUAUUGCUUAAUGGGAAUUUUUGUAGUUUACUUUAUGACAAAUCCAUGUUGAUAUAUUAAAAUUGGGAACAUCCGCGAUUUUAUGCAUGUUGCUAAAUAACAAUUACAUAUUUCUUAAUGAGAAUUGUAGUUUACUUUUUGACAACUCCAUGUUGAUAUCUUACAAUUGGGAAUAUCCUCGAUUAUAUGCAUGUUGCCAAUGACAAUUACGUAUUGCUUAAUGAUAAUUGUAGUUUACUUUAUGACAACUCCGUGUUGAUAUAUUACAAUUGGGAAUAUCCGCGAUUAUAUGCAUGCUGAUAAAUGACAAUGGCAUUUGCUUUGUUUUAUUUUUUACAAUGUAACUGCGUCCUCUUUGCGUCUUUAUGCUUUGUUUUUAUUUCUAUUAGUUGGGGUUAGUUUGCUCGCAUACUCCGUUUUAAUGUUUACUCGAUAUAUGUUAAUCGUGUAUUCUUUCGAGUAAACGACAAAUGAAUCAUUUCUGUUAAAAUGUUCAUGUGGCUAUCUUCUUGAUGCCGAACUAUUAGCAUUUCACUUCUUAGUAAUUGUAGAAAAGGCAUAUUGAUUGUAAGUUCUACUAAUCGAAGUGAAUAAACACAACGCAGCAGCUCACAUGAAGUAAGCCGAAUUCCUAAUGGAUUAAGACAAAUUCAUUGGUAAUACUGAUUUCAUAUAAGACGGAGAACCAGAGAUUUCGUAAAAAGUUAACAAAUGACAAAUUCACACAAAACAUUGUGUUAGUUAAUGUCUACAGUGUAUUUUCUUUACAAACAAUCUGUCCUGGUUUCAUUAGCAUUUUUAAUAAUAAAUGACAACUUACUCA